AUGUCGUCCAUUGCAUUCCAUACAUUCAGAGGUUCCAGAGCUAAGAUGGCUACGGCCCUCCUUCUGACAGGAGCCGUGGGAGCUGGAAGCUACCACUACGAGAAAAAGAGACGUCAAUUUAACAAUAGGAACAAUAACAACAAUAACAAUAAGAACAACAAGAAUUUUGCCAAAGCUCUAUUCGGAUUUUCUACAGGAACUGCUGCUGCCACUUUAACCGAUGAGAGUAAAGUGAAAGUAGCUACUUUAUCAGAUAUCCAUUCUUUCAAAGAAUACCAACAGGUCUAUAAUGAUAUCGCCAAGAAGAUAGAGGACGAGGACGACUUUGACGUAGACGGAUCUGCUGGACCUAACUUGGUGAGAUUGGCAUGGCAUUCUGCUGGAACUUACGACAAGUACGACAAGAACCCUCAUACCAACGGUGGUUCUUACGGAGGAACAAUGAGAUUUUCUAAGGAAGGGGGUGACGGUGCCAAUAACGGAUUAGCCAAAGGAAGAGAGUUUCUAGAGCCCCUUUUAAAGAAGUACACAUGGCUUUCACACGGUGACUUGUGGACCUUGGCUGGUGUUGUUGCUAUUCAAGAGAUGGGUGGUCCAAAGAUAAAAUGGAGACCAGGAAGAAAAGAUUUGUCUGAAGAGUACCAAGCACCAAACGGAAAGCUACCAGAUGCAGCUCAAGGACCUGAUUAUGUUCGUAAAUUUUUCAACCGUCUAGAUUUUACCGAUAGAGAAAUGGUUGCUCUGAUUGGUGCCCACACCCUGGGAAGAUGUCAUGUUACGAGCAGUGGUUACGAUGGACCAUGGGAUUUUGCUCCUACCAUGUUUGACAACGGAUUUUUCACUCAAUUACAAAAAGGAGUAGGUUCAGGUGAAGGGCAAUGGCAUUUGAGAAAAUGGGAUGGCCCUGAACAGUACGAAGACAACAAUUCCAAUUCUUUGAUGAUGCUGCCUGCUGACAUGGCUCUUGUUCAGGAUCCAAAGUUCAAGAAGAUUGUUGAUGAGUUUGCUGCUUCACAGGAGGCAUUUUUCAAUGAGUUUGCCCCUGCCUUCCAGAAGCUGUUGGAGAGUGGUAUUCAUUUCCCCAAGGAAUCCAAAGAGUUGGUGUUCAGGACACUAGACGAGCAGAGUUAG